CUGAACAAAUUAAUGGGCUUUUUUUUAAUACAAGGAGGCAAAGAUGAAGGAAAAGCUGCAAAUUCAAGGUAUCUUGAAUAAAGAAGUCAAAAGGGGGUUGAUCCAUCUGUUACAAGAAACACAACUUUAUGCUACUUAUGGUCCCUUCUUCAAUGCACAGUGAAGUCUUCUCUCUGUACGAAAUAGUGGUGCCCAUGCACCAUCAUGCACUCAUUUGCACAGUUUCAGCACAUUCAACUGUAUUCGGUAUCAACUAAAAUAAUCUUCUGUGUGGCAGGCUUGACUUUGCAACAGUUUUGUGUCUUGUUUACAUACCGCAUUACACCCCAAACUUUAUGCAACAGAGAUUAAUGGAUUUCAGGUUUUGGUUUUUUUGUUUUUCCACUGUAGAAAUGGAUCUACUAACUGCAAUCAUUUUCCUCGCUGCUUUGCUACGCCAAUCUGAUGGACAGGAUUUUCACCAUGAAAAAAUGGGCGUUUCCUCCUUUCCUCAUUUUAAGUUUCAAAACCAAAAACAGAUCCUUGAGCAACACAAUGAAAUACGGAGAUCUGUAGUUCCCACAGCCAGGAACAUGCUGAAGAUGGUGUGGAGUGAGGAAGCUGCCAAAAAUGCUCAGAAAUGGGCAAAUAAGUGCGGGAUGAAAAUCAGUCCAAGAGAUCAGAGGGUCAUUAACGGUGUCACCUGUGGUGAGAAUGUAUUACUAUCAUCUUACCCAAAAACAUGGGCUGAAGCAAUUAAAGUCUGGUACAGUCAGUCCUCCAAUUUCAAGUAUGGAUUUGGAGCAACCGCAAAAAAUGUCAAUAUCGAGAACUAUACGCAGCUAAUCUGGUACAACAGUUACCAGAUUGGAUGUGCAGUUGCCUACUGUAGUAAGAACCAGUUCAACUACUUUUAUGUUUGCCAAUACUGUCCUGCAGGAAAUAAUGCAAUGCAAAUAGCUACACCUUACAAAAGCGGACCAAAAUGUGCAGACUGUCCUGGCCACUGUGACAGAGGGCUUUGCACCAAUCCUUGCAAGUAUCAAGACGUCUUUGGAAACUGCAGAAAUCUGAAAACGUUGUUUAGCUGUAACAAUUCAUUUGUGAAGGAGAAGUGUCCUGCUACCUGUAGAUGCACCACUAAAAUCAUAUAAUGUCCUGGCGGAUGUCAUUAUAGCUGCUGUGAGACUUAAUUAUUAGGAAAGAGUAGAACUCACUGUGAAGUGUAUUCACUCUCAGUGCAUCAGCUCGGAUUGACCUAUAGGUAACAUCGUUUUCUGAAAUCUCACUAUUACUUCAGUCCUAAAUAAGUCUAGUAGCUCAAAAUAACCUCUGAUGUUAUUUUAGACUUUGUACAAAUCAUCCUUAAGCUACUAAGGUGUUACUUUGUGGUUUUCCUUGCAGUGGAUCUUCCACUGAUUCAUUUCUUUUUAAUGGGAAACACACUUUUAAAACACUUCUUUUUUUUACAAAAUACGUUAAAAGCCACUUAACUUUCUUCUGUUACCUUUUCUUUGAUUAUCAAUGGAAUGUAUUCCUGCUAAAUAAAUACAUGAUUUACCACCCGUUCACAAACAGAGCUUUUCAUUGAAGUUACUUAUAACUCAACUUUUUAAUUUGGAAAAUUCCUUACGGAUAUUGCAAGGCUCUCUGAUACUUUAUAUGAGUGGGGAUGAGACAGGAAAAGAAAGACAAAGCAAAAAGUGAUGCAUUUUUUUGUAUGGCCAAAAUAAGAGGCACACGUUAAAUCUGCCAAUUUUACUCUGUGACCUAAAGACAAAGCUUCUGAUACAUCUGUGUAUGCUGGUGAUAAAUGAUAAUUUUUGUCAUAUGGCACCAAUGGUUGAGAAAUACAAAG